AUGAUCAGCUUCCUCAUGCUGUCCUUCAACGGACUACGCCAGCUACACUUCGAGUGCAGCAACUGCAUCAAGAUCGAUGUCGAUGGCAUCAUCAACCACGGAGAGACCCUUACGAAUCUACUUGUCGUCAACGGAAGUAUCCACCGGCAAGAUGCCACCCGACCUCACCAGCCUCGAGAAGACCACUUCGAGUGCAGCAACUGCAUCAAGAUCGAUGUCGAUGGCAUCAUCAACCACGGAGAGACACUCACGGAUCUGCUUGUCCUCAACGGAGGCAUCCACCGGCAAGACGCCACGGCAUCAUCAACCACGAAGAGACACUCACGGAUUUGCUUGUUCUCAACGGAGGCAUCCACCGGCAAGAUGCCACGGCAUCAUCAACCACGGAGAGACGCUCACGGAUCUGCUCGUCCUCAACGGAGGUAUCCGCUGACAAUCGAUGAUAGAGGCUGA